AGCUUUCGUUUCCGCAACUCUCUUUGCUUCUUCUCUUCUCUUCUAGCUCCACUUUGAUCUCCUUACAAUGGCGUCGGAGAAGAAGCUGUCGAACCCAAUGAGGGACAUUAAGGUCCAGAAACUUGUUCUCAACAUCUCCGUUGGUGAGAGUGGUGAUCGUCUCACUCGUGCCUCCAAGGUUUUGGAACAGCUCAGUGGACAAACUCCUGUUUUCUCAAAGGCGAGAUACACUGUGAGGUCUUUUGGUAUCAGGCGUAACGAAAAGAUUGCGUGUUAUGUCACUGUUAGAGGUGAUAAGGCGAUGCAGCUUCUCGAGAGUGGUUUGAAAGUUAAGGAGUAUGAGCUUCUUAGGAGGAACUUUAGUGACACUGGUUGCUUUGGAUUCGGUAUCCAAGAACACAUUGAUCUUGGUAUCAAGUACGAUCCAUCCACUGGUAUCUAUGGAAUGGACUUCUAUGUUGUUCUCGAACGUCCAGGAUACCGUGUGGCUCGUCGCCGUAGGUGCAAGGCUCGUGUUGGUAUCCAACACAGAGUGACCAAGGAUGACGCAAUGAAAUGGUUCCAAGUCAAGUAUGAAGGAGUUAUCCUCAACAAGUCUCAAAACAUCACUGGCUAA